AUGGACAGCACCCCCGCCGCAACGUUUGAGGAAUUGCCCCUUGGAGACGCAGUGCUCAAGCGCGUUACAAUGGACGGUUCGCCACCCACUUUCGUGGUGCAGUUCACCUGGGAUCCACGCGUAGAACACGGAGGGGGAUACUGUGGAACGGAGAAUCAGGGGACCACCGCGAAGAGGCACCGCCCAGCGAGACAGAAGAGCAACGGGACCACGAAGUGCAAGGGCAAGCCGUACACGCCAGCGGACGACGCGAUGAUCCUUCAGCUGAAGGGGCAGGGACUUUCUUGGUCCGCGAUCGCCAAGCAGUUCCCGGGGCGCACCGCAGGGGCCAUUCAGGUGAGGUAUCAAACCAAGCUCAAAACCGCCGACCUGGAGUGGGAGGUGGAGGAGAUUGGUGGCGACAGAAAGAGGGAUGAUGGCGGCCUGGAACUGCUUGUGAGGUGGAAGGGUGGAGAGGAGACAUGGGAGCCUUAUGAGAACAUGGCGGAGACGAAGGCGCUUGACGAGUAUGAGCGUCUUCAUGGGCGGGUUAUUGUAGAUACUGUGGAUGCUCUCUGA